AUGCGUGAGGUCAUCUCAUUGAACGUCGGCCAGGCCGGUUGCCAGAUCGCCAACAGCUGCUGGGAGCUGUACUGCCUUGAGCACGGCAUCCAGCCCGAUGGUUACCUCACCGAGGAGCGCAAGGCCGCCGAGGACGAUCACGGUUUCUCAACUUUCUUCUCCGAGACUGGCAAUGGCAAGUACGUGCCACGCACCAUUUACGCCGAUCUCGAGCCCAACGUCGUCGACGAGGUCCGCACCGGUACCUACCGCAGUCUGUUCCACCCUGAAUUGAUGAUCACUGGCAAGGAGGAUGCCUCGAACAACUACGCCCGUGGUCACUACACUGUGGGCAAGGAGCUCAUUGACCAGGUUUUGGACAAGGUCCGUCACGUUGCCGACAACUGCUCCGGUCUMCAGGGUUUCCUCGUCUUCCACAGCUUCGGCGGAGGCACUGGCUCCGGUUUCGGUGCUCUCCUCAUGGAGCGUCUCUCCGUCGACUACGGAAAGAAGUGCAAGCUCGAGUUCUGUGUCUACCCUGCGCCGCAGGUCGCUACCUCUGUGGUUGAGCCAUACAACUCCAUCUUGACCACGCACACCACUCUCGAGCACAGUGACUGCUCCUUCAUGGUCGACAACGAGGCGAUCUACGACAUCUGCCGUCGCAACUUGGGCAUUGAGCGCCCCAACUACGAGAACUUGAACCGCCUGAUUGCUCAGGUCGUUUCCUCCAUCACUGCUUCUCUUCGCUUCGACGGAUCGCUCAACGUCGAUCUCAACGAGUUCCAGACCAACUUGRUGCCAUACCCACGUAUCCACUUCCCACUGGUCGCCUACGCACCCAUCGWCUCCGCUGCCAAGGCCGCCCACGAGGCCAACAGCGUGCAGGAGAUCAGCAUGUCUUGCUUCGAGCCCAACAGCCAGAUGGUCAAGUGUGACCCACGCAACGGCAAGUACAUGGCAACCUGCCUCUUGUACCGUGGAGAUGUCGUUCCCAAGGACGUCCACCAGGCUGUCGCCACCCUCAAGACCAAGCGCACGAUCCAGUUCGUCGACUGGUGCCCCACUGGCUUCAAGAUUGGUAUCUGCUACCAGCCACCCCAGAACGUGCCCAACGGCGAUCUGGCCAAGGUUAACCGCGCCGUCUGCAUGUUGUCCAACACCACUGCCAUCGCUGAGGCCUGGUCCGCUCUGUCACACAAGUUCGAUCUCAUGUACAGCAAGCGCGCCUUUGUGCACUGGUAUGUCGGUGAGGGUAUGGAGGAAGGCGAGUUCUCGGAGGCCCGUGAGGACUUGGCUGCGCUUGAGCGCGAUUACGAGGAGGUUGCGGCCGACUCGGCUGAGGGUGACGAGGCUGGCGAGGCCGAGUACUAG